AUGAGGACAUCUUCACUGAUGAGACAGAGUUCAACCUCACAAAAAGGCACAAAAGGGGGCGCAACAUCAUUGGUCACCGUGCCAUCACACAAGUUCCUGGCCAGAGGGGAGGCAACAUCACCCUAUGUGCAGCCAUCAGCAAUCGUGGCGUCCUCCACCGCCAUGUCCAACUGUUAUUUGUGUCUGAUCUGUGUCCAUGUUGGAUUUCAGAGUGUCAACGAACAGAGCUGGACUGAGGAGGACUCAGAUGGUGACAGUGACUUUGAGGAGGUCUUUUAUGGAGCACAAGGAAAUUACCCUGCAGACUACAGUCGCCACCCCCAACUGGAUGCAGAUAUUCUGGCUGUGAAGGACAUGUACUCUGAGAGUGCUGUGACUGUCAGGGAACAUGAGACAAUUGAUGAUGUGGACAUUGACUUGCAGAUCAACAUCAGCUUCUUGGAUGAGGAGGUGGCCUCUGCAUGGAAGGUCAUUAGAACGGAGCCCAUCAUUUUACGCUUGCGUUUCUCACUUUCUCAGUAUGUGGAUGGACCAGAGCCCACAGUGGAGGUCUUCCAGCCGUCCUGUAAAGAGGGUUUCAGUCUUGGACUACAGCUGAAGAAAAUUCUCAGCGCAUUUAUAUCUCAGGAGUGGAAACAGCUCAGUAAUGAGCUCCUUCAGACCCAGCAGAGGAAGAGAGCCAGCUGGUUUAAGGCUGCCGGAACCAUCCGGAAAUUCCGUGCUGGUCUCAGCAUGUUUUCGCCAAUAACUAAGAGUCCCAACACUUCUGCUCUCCAGGGUCCAGUGAGGAGAGGCAGGACUCCUGGGUCCAAGAUCAGAGUGACCUCUCUUAAGAACCAGUCCAUAUCCUACACCAUGAAAGUGCCCAAAGGAGUACUGCUUACCUACGCACCAAAUAGACAGAGAGGUGCAUCGCCCGGCUCUAGAACCACAAUUCAGAUCACCACCAGACAGCUCAUCGAACUCUUUCUCUCCUCUCAAGCACUCAUUCACUGCAAGACUGUCCCUACCUUACAAUACGGUUUUCUGGUGCAGAUUAUGAAGUACUCGGAGCAGAGGAUUCCCACUCUUAAUGAAUAUUGUGUGGUCUGUGAUGAACAGCAUGUAUUCCAACACAGCUCUAUGCUCAAGCCAGCGGUGUGUACCCGUGAGUUGUGUGUGUUCUCUUUCUACACACUGGGAGUGAUGUCAGGUGCUGCUGAUGAAGUGGCAACUGGAGCAGAGGUAGUGGACUUGCUGGUGGCUAUGUGCAGGGCUGCUCUGGAGUCUGCCCGCAAGAAUGUCAUCUUUAACCCUUACCCUUCUGUGGUUAACCCACAUGACCCGAAGACUCUGGCCUUUAACCCAAAGAGAAGAAGUUAUGAGAGAUUACAGAGAGCACUUGACAGUAUCACAUCAAUACGAGAGCUAUCACAGGGCUCAUAUACAGAGAUUAAAAAACAGUUGGACAAAGCAGAUCCUUUGGCACACCCUCUACUGCAGUGGAUCAUAUCAAGCAACAGGUCCCAUAUUGUGAAGCUGCCCUUAAGCAAGCAACUCAAAUUUAUGCACACUUCUCAUCAGUUCCUGCUGCUCAGUAGCCCACCUGCCAAAGAAGCACGAUUCUGUGCAGCCAGAAAGCUUUACGGCAGCACCUUUGCCUUCCAUGGCUCUCAUAUAGAGAACUGGCACUCCAUACUGAGAAACGGACUAGUCAAUGCCUCCUACACCAAACUGCAGCUGCAUGGUGCAGCAUAUGGGAAGGGAAUCUACCUCAGUCCCAUCUCCAGCAUCUCGUUUGGAUAUUCAGGGAUGGGAAAAGGACAACACCACAUGUCCACUAAAGAGGAGCUAGUGCAGCGUUACAACCGCAUCAAUACAAUGUCACAGAGUCAGGCAUUACAGUCUAGGUUUCUGCGGAGUCGGCAUCUAAACUGCAUUGCCCUUUGUGAAGUGAUCACAUCCAAAGACCUUCAGAGACAUGGGAACAUUUGGGUAUGUCCAGUAUCUGACCACGUCUGCACACGGUUCUUCUUCGUAUAUGAGGACGGGGAGGUGGGUGAUGCCAACAUCAACACCCAGGAUGCCCAGGUUCAGAGGGAGAUCAUGCGUGUGAUUGGAUACCACGUGGGAUGA